AUGAAGAAAAAACGACAAAAACAAAAACAUCAAAAUUCAAAUAAACUAAUUAAUUCUAAUCAAUCAUUACAAAUAAUAACAAAAAAAUUUUCAAUAUAUGUAACAGAUUUUUUGAUUGAUCCAUGUGGUUUACCUAAUGAAUUAAAAAAUUGUAUCUUAGUCAAUGAAACAAAUCAAGGUGAAGGAAUGGAUCAAACAUUAUUAGUGGGAAGUAGACCCAUAUCAAUAGUUGUUGCUCAAUAUUGUAAUGGAUUAAAAAUUAGUUCAUUAUCGAUAGAUUUUGAUUCAUUUCCAUUCACAGCUGAUUAUGUUGUUAAUAUUAGUAAUUCAUAUCUUGAUGUUCGAGUUAAAUCACCUCAUCGAACUGAUAUAUUCAUCGCCAAGUUUACUCGAUUUUUCGCUUUGAUCCAAUUUGAAAUAAGACCAGCAUUUGGUUCCAAAGUUUAUCAAAUUUUUCAAACAUCACCAUCCAAUGUCAGCACCAGUCUCAUUUCUAUCGGUAUCCUUCGCAUACCUAUACGUGCAUGA